GAGGGGGGCGGGGAGACAGGCUCAUGGCGGAAGGCAGUUUGAGUCGAUACCUUGUUUGAUCCGUAUCUUCAUCCCGAUGACCGCUUUAAGGCACAUAGGAUGCCGACUUUCCUCCUUCUACUCCUCGGACUAACGGCAGGAUGCGUCAGGACCCAGGAUAGUAGUGAGGGGGUCCCCGCAGUGGUCGCCGCUCCCUUGAAAGGCACUGGCGGGUUCGGCGACCCCUGCGUGGAUAGCUGCAACCCGGACACUCACACCAUCUGUGACAAUAAGACAAAGACGUGCAAGUGUGAUCGCCACCACCCAGUCCCCAUCAACGGCGAAUACUGCGUCAAGCCUGCAUUACUCGGAAAACCAUGUAUUCACGAAGACCAGUGCCAAUACCACGAUGUUCACACCAUAUGUAUCGAGUACGACGUAAAUUAUACCGAAUGCAAGUGUCGCGAUAAAUACGAGGUCAAGGUCAUCGAAGGUCUGCCCAUUUCGAAUCUAUGCUUCCCAAGCUUAGAAGCCCUGAAGGCAGACGUCCCCACACUACUGGGUCUGGGUCUAGGCAUGUCCGUGUUGUCUGCCCUCAUCUGUCUUGUGCUCAAGAUCUUCGCCCGUGCCCGCUUUGUUCGCCCUCGUCGUUAUGCAGACGCCCGUAUUAACCCACCCCUCACGGUCUCUGAAACAUACGCAGCCUUUGCCCUGGCCGCCAAUGCCUCCACCAGCAGUAGCCCGGCCAGGGAUAGACACCAUUCCCUGCGCUCUACCAAAUCCGCAUCCUCAUCCCGAAGACCUUCCUACAGCUCCCUCCAUCCCCAGGUGGUAUGUGAUUUCUAA